AACAAAUCUUUAUUUCGCCGACAUAACCUCUCAAGAAUAUGAAAUUAAAGUUUAUUAACAUAAUAUUGAUGAAGCCCUAAUUAAAAAUACGUCAUCAAUAAUGAUAUUUCAAAUUGUAAUCAUAGUGAGCACUAUCAAGUGCUUAUUUAUUCCUCUUUACCACUCAACGGAUUUCGAGGUUCACAGAAACUGGUUAGCAAUAACACACAACCUAUCCAUCAGUGAAUGGUAUUAUGACGCUACAUCAGAAUGGACUCUGGAUUAUCCUCCAUUCUUUGCUUGGCUGGAAUAUUCCUUAUCAUUUGUUGCAAAGUUGUUUGAUCCCCGGAUGUUGCAGUUGGAUAAUUUAAACUAUGCAUCGGAUAUGACUGUGAUAUUCCAAAGAUUAACUGUAAUUGUUUUAGAUUUGGUUUAUAUUGCUAGUGCUAAGAGUUGUGCAAAUCUUAUUAGUGAUGGUAAGCUGCUUGUGUUCAUUCUGCUUGUGUCGAACCCCGGGCUGCUGAUGGUAGAUCACAUACAUUUCCAAUACAAUGGAUUUCUAUAUGGUUUUCUCCUCUAUUCCAUGUCAAAUAUGAUAAGAGGUAAUUAUGUGUGUGCAGCGCUAUGGUUUGCGGUGCUGCUGAACUUAAAACACAUUUACUUAUAUGUGGCGCCCGUGUAUGUCGUGCACUUGCUCAGAGCAUAUUGCUUCACCAUAUCGACAAAUGAUGGUGUGCACACCCCAUGGUACUCGUUUUCCUUCGUGAAUUUGAUGAAAUUGGCAAUUACCGUCACUACAGUGUUUGCUCUAUCGUUUGGACCGUUUUUGAACCAUAUACCACAGAUUAUUUCAAGAUUGUUUCCAUUUAAAAGAGGCCUGUGCCAUGCAUACUGGGCUCCAAAUUUCUGGGCACUCUACAAUUUUUCAGACAAGGUGCUCCAGCAUGCUUUACCGCGGGCAGGCAUAGAUGUGCCGAAGGUGGAGGCUUCAAUGACGGGUGGGCUGGUGCAAGAGUUUGACCACGUGGUGCUUCCAUCCAUAAAGCCCAUCCACACCAUGGCACUUACCGCCAUUUUCAUGAUCCCAGCUCUGGUGAAACUUUGGCAUCUUGGAGCCGAUAGAAAGUACAGGACUGUUAGUUUUGUGAGAUGUCUGGUAUUAUGUGCUACUACGUCGUUCAUGUUCAGUUGGCAUGUUCACGAGAAGGCUAUCCUUUUAAUUUUGAUACCAUUAAGUUUCUUGUCGGUACUCGGAGAUGUUGACGGAAGACUGUUUCUUCUUCUGUCCCCCAUCGGACACUACUCUUUAUUCCCUUUACUAUAUCCAAAAAGUCUUCUAUCCAUUAAAAUAUUCAUAUUGUUAACUCAUAGCGCAAUAGCCUUUGGGAAUAUACCAAGAUUAUAUGAGCAUCCAGUAAAGCCUAAGAAGAAAACUCGACGUGGUUUCCUACGGCUUCCUAUGCUGGGCCUUGUGGAAUCGUUGUACGUGUAUGGUUUAAUAAUACUGUGUGCUUACGAGAAUUUAAUUCAUUCUAUGUGGGGUUUGGACAAAACUCUACCAUUUUUGCCUCUGAUGAUGACUUCGGUUUAUUGCGCUCUAGGAGUUGCGUAUUUCUGGAUUUCAUAUUAUUAUUAUUUCCUUUAUUUUAACGUGAGCAGGGUACCAAUGUUGGGCACAGGGAACCUAACGCAGUAUGGUAAGAAAGUAAAUUAGAUUGUGUUAAAGAAUAGGAAAAUCCUAUAGGAUUACCUAGUAGGUAAUGUAAUUGUUAAUUGAAAUACAGUUAAGAGCAAUGAAAACGGGUCAGUUGAUAAUGGAAAUUUGCAUACAGAGUAGCCAGUUUAUAUCAUAAGUGUAAUUAUGGGAGUCUGUAUAAAUAUGGAGAUGAUUUUAAAGUUUUAGCAUCUACAAGUCUUAAUAAUAUUAAUAACUAGGUACAUAUUCUUCGUUAAAGUAGGUACAUGAUGAAAGUACUGUCAUGAAACUGAUUAAAUGUAAGUAACUAGUCCAAUUUAAAAUACAUUGUAGAAAACUAUUACCAAGUGAAUCUUAAUAAGUGUUUAGGAAAUCAGGUUUUUAACCAUAUACCUAUCAAUGUUUUCUCAAAGGCGAAAGUCAUAGGACUUUGUAACUAACGCCUUGUCCUAAUUAUAUUUUAUUUUAUUUAUUCAAACAAAAUUUAUACAUGGAUUUAUGCCUACGUGUAUAUAUACUGUACAGUUGUAGUGCAUAAUUAUUUUCCAUCGUAUUUUCACGGAAACGUCCGAACGUGUCUUGCUAUUUCAGUCAGUCUCGGCUCGGUACAAAAAGUACUAUGACUGAAGUAGCAUGACAAAUACGAACGUUACCGAGGAAAUAAGAUGGAAAACAAUUAUGCACUAACCUACACAUGCUAGGUCUUUUUUUUGGCUUAGAACACUAGAACAAUUGUAAUAACAA